AUGACAGACAGCCGGCUGAACUACAUCGAGCUGCUUCAAGAGGAAGUGGACAAGAAUCCUGACAGGCUGCUGGAUGUGGGGAAGGAGGAGGAGCAGGAGGAGGCGCCUCCACCCAGCCGGGCCUUCACGCCGCUCUGCUCCAUCCCCAGGAGGCUGGUGAUCUCCUCUAGCCUGGGAGGGACGCCGGUCACCCCCCAGCUGACUGAGAGUCUGAGGAGGAUCCUGUUCGGGGGAACGUUUCACGUCUUCAACUAUGAGUGGAGGAAAUCCUUCUUCCAGUUCAGAAAGCCGAACUCAGAGCUGUCCUACGCUCUGGAGACGGACAGGGGCGGGGCUCGGGCCAUUCAGACGGCCGUCCAGGCUCGCAUCAUCAAACACCUGCUGUUCAUCCGACAGAGUGGCUCAGACAGACGGACGCUGCACAGUCUGAGCGAGGUCGGACCGAGGGACCAGGAGAGGGCGUUAGCGGCGGCGCUGUCCGACAGCCUCUGGUUGGCCGGCCAGGAGGUGAGCGCCACCGUUACCUUGGUAACUGAAGACUACUGCAUCACGCCUCACCUGGACUACAAGAUGGACAACUUCACAGAGAGGCUGCAGCUGUUUACGUUCAAUAAGAAGGACGACGUCAGGAAGUUCAUCCUCGAUCACAUCCACUGUUUCACAGAGGAGGGCGGUCACGGAGUCAUCCUGUUCCUCUACAGCCUCAUCUGCUCCCGAACAGUCGACAGGCUGAAGGAGGACCUGGACUCGACCACCUCCCACCUGCUCUACCUCAGUCUGGGCAACUUCGUCUGUCGCCAGGCGCUGCUGAACCUGCUGCUGACCGGCAAAGCGACUCCUCACGUCUUCAACGGGACGCUGCACCGCGACGAGGACGGCCGGCCUCUGGAGCGCCCCCUGCAGGGCGUCCUGUGUCGCAGCGACGUCGGAUACCUGCUCUGGAGCCGCGAGCAGAUGGACCGAGGCCGACUGCCGCAGGUGGGCAGCAUGCUGAAGACUCCCAGGUUUCCAGUGUGGAUCUGCUGCAUCAACAGCAGCUACUCGGUUCUGUUCAGCCUGAACCGCUCGCUGCUGUCCGACUGGAGGAUGGAGCAUCUCUUCCAGCUGUAUUACUACAACGGCCAGAGCUCGCAGACGGAAACCGCCAGGCUGACCGUCGACACUCACUCCCACCACUGGGAGGCAUCGUCCAGCGACUCGGACGGAGACCCGGAGAAAAAGUUUCCUUCUCUGGAGAUGACCAUCAGGACCAAGUGGGACGGAGCAGCGGUGGACUGGAACAACACGUCGCCGUUCUACUGAGCGGCGCCGAGCCUCACCUGGAGCUGCAGCGUCCCCUGUUGG